AUGAUGCUGCAAAAAAAGUUUGAAAAAUUGCCCGGAUUGAGUAACGUUUCGGGCAAAUACACGAAGAAGACUACGGCUGAUGUAUUCUCACGUCCCAGUGUUCUGGACAGUCGGAGCACCACCACACACUUUCAGGGAUUGUCUUCUCAAGAAUCAUCAACCGCUUCCACCCCGGUUUUCAAGUUUGAACCCGAGGAACGCCAUCGGUACCGGUUUGGAUCCACUGCAGUUCCCAGCUCGUGUUCGGUGCCUCAAUUGAAAGAUACUGUGAACAGACAAGUCGAUCGCCGUAGAAGCCACAUUCAAGUAUUAUCAACUAGACAGUCAUCCACAGACGUGUCUUCACCCUCGUGGCCCUCUUCUCUAUCUUCGGUGUCUAAUGAUCGUCAAUUUCCUUCUUCGAAUCUUCCCACCAGAACCUCGGAUAAUUUACGACGCGUCAAAAAGGCGUCGGAAAUUAUCAAGUCUUCUUCGUCGGGAAGCGUUGCAAGUCUGACACACAAACCAACUGGGAUAAUUUUGGGUACUUCUUCCACAGUCCAUGGCUCGGAAACUACAGGCUCCUUGAGUAAUACGCAUGUGACCGUUUCCCGGCCACAUGCUCCCUCCACACCGUAUCCUGUGCGACAGUUUUGCAUGAGUUCGGCGAAUCGCGAUGGAGUUGGACCUAGUUCAGUAUCAUCCUCCUCCUUACAGCAUAGUAUCGAGAAGCCGGCUGAAAACACGGAUUCAAGUGACACCUCGAUUAAUGCUGUGGAGCCCAUUAGAUGUACGCGACCAUCUGUGCUUGUUCGACCUAUGAAUAUGCCAGUCCAAGUAAAUGCCUCGACAGGCGUUGCUUGUCCACCAGAUGCUACACCCAGUUACUCUGGAAUUUCACUUGAUCGAAAUGCACGUGUGCCGUGGAAGAGGCAUGUUUAUGCUGACUCUGAAACCCGUCGAAGAGUCUGUUCUCCAUCUUCAUCGCAGGUUGUCACCUCCCAGCUACAUGGCCCACGUUCCACACACGACGAGCUUAAUUCCGUCGUUGGUGAUCGAAUUCAGUCGUCAGGUUUAGUUUCAUCCCGGUCUGUUUCUGGUGUUCCAUGGCUUUUUAGCACCACUUCUGCUCUGGGUGCUUACCAAGGCCAAGACUUCCGAAUUAACAGUGACAUCAAUAGUGAUAGUGAUCACACUUCUGUGUCUUCCAACUGGUCCCACACGACUAAUAGGUCGAGUGGAUCCGCAUGUCCUCACUGCAGGUUCAGCGCGGCUCCCCAGUCGUUUUGCUCGCACUUCUGUGAGCUACAGCCUCCUCACCCUCCUUGGGGCUCACCUGGUGGGCAUCCUGACGGGGUCGCAAUGCCGGGACCACAAUAUACUCAAUGCGCUUUGCAGCAAUACUUGUCGGACCUCAUCGCGGGUGAAUCUCUCUUGGGCGAGUCCACAAAGUGCAGUGACCGGGACGACAAUUCGUUAGAUAACAAUUCCACGGGAGUCAGUGUGCCUUUUUUUGAAUCCAUGUCAAACACCUCAGAUAGCCAAGGCCUAGAACUGCUUCGUUGCCUGGAAAACCGGAUCCAGAACGCUCUCCGAAACCUCCAUAACUCAGGUGUUCCUGUUGGCACUUUCGAAAAUACCAAUCUCUCUGCUCGUGGAAGUCGCGGUCGAAGCAUUUCUUUUAGCUCGGGUUCCCAGCGUUACGCCUUUCCUAGCGGCACGACUACGAUGCAUUCUUUGGUAACCAGCCCGGCGUACGACUCCGCAGUACCAGAAAAAUCCAGCCAACCGGGGAGUUCUUUGACCGGUGCCAAGGUCCAAAUUUCAAGCCAACUGUCACAAGAGUUGACAGAUCGUAGAAGUAUGUUAGACCAAUUUAGCGAAAACGAACUACGAUACCUUCUAAAGGCGGUCCAUGAUCUUUUGGCGUUGCGUUCUCGGACAUGCGGUACUCCCGGAUCUUUUAGUUCUUCGCCAUCUCCUAUCAUACUGCAACACCAUUCCAAACCGACUCCACCCAAAACCGAUCGUGAAGAGACUCUUGCCGACGGACCGUACAGACAUGUAUCUAAAGAGUGCUUAUUGGAUUCUCAGGCUACGAGUCGUAGCAGCAGCGCGGUGCGUACCGGUUGUAUUCGUGCUUUGAAAUCAGGGUUGGACAGACCACCGUCCUCCAGUGAUGCAACCGCAGUAUCUACUCCCGGGUCAGAAUAUGAUUCUUCUUCAAGUGACCUAAUGCAUAAACGUUUGCCCCUCGGGUUCCAGCAUUUCAAGCGCUAUCUUGACAACAAAUUCGGUCCCGAUCAUCCUCAUCCUCUAUCACCUGGUUUCUCAAUUCGUACAACGACAUCCAGUAGUGGCUACAUAGCUGAAGCAACCAUCGGAGUGCGAGGCGCCAUUGCAACUGUGGAGCAACCCAUUCCGUUGCACACAUCACAUAGCACAAGUACCAAUUCGAUCGCUGCUGGAGAUGUUCAACCGAGACCACUCAAUGCGGAACCCUCGGCCACAAACUGUCGACUCCCAGCUGGUUCGGAUACUGCAAGUCACGUGACACAGUCAGCAAACUGUUUAGUUUCAAGUCGUGGUUCUCUGGGUGAAGCUCACCGUACGGCAACUUGUAGGAAUGCACCUUGCUUGGACUCACCAGUCAACACCACCGAACAUUCACGCAACAAGGCCCCCCUGCCAGUCCCUGACGAAGUGGAUCAUCCCUGUCAACUCGCAGCGGUAGAACUUGGUCACGAUUCCACGGAGGUGCACGCUUUCCCCACAUCCUCAUACAUUGCGCCUAUAACUCCCGUCAAUGUGAACAGUUGUGGGACCGCCCCAGGGCUCCAGUACUAUGAAGAAAGGGACUACCCUCCCCCACAACAAUUUGAUUUAUCACCACCACUUGUUCCACAUACCCCAUACCUUCCGUUCCAUCAAAGGUCUUGUGGAUCCAAUCCUGAGGUGACGGAGACGCACGCUUCCAACUUCCCUAUCGAUUGUUCGGCGCGCUCACGUUGGUCUCCAUACACGCCGCAAUGUUACUGGUGGCCGCACCCAGCUGCUGAUCACUCGCCACAUAAUUCUUGGCUUAGUCAGUUUGUACAAGAGCAGCUGAAUAUGACGAUACCGCAAUUUCCCACACCUCCUCAAGAAACAUGCUCUUGUGGUAUAGAGUUCCAUCAAAUGUAUCCCUACACACACUGGCACAGGCCACAACUUUCUGCUCUGUCCAGUGGAAGUGCGCUGCGGGGCUACGAAAAUGCCCGAUUCGCUACCUAUGCAGACUCGGCUAGGGUAAUGCCCUCAUCCAGCACAACUAUGCAGCUUAACUCAGUGGUAGCGUUUCCAAGCGGACAGUCUGUGGAUGCGGCCUACGGCGGGGCAUAUGGCUUUCCGGACCCAGCCCAAAUGUCUACCGCUCAGUGGGAAUAUCCUUCAUACGUGGACCGCACUCCGUUUAUGCAUCACGGUCCACCACGUGCGUUCUAUCCACUCUCGCCGUCCCCUACAUUCGACUCAGCCAUGUGGAAUUCACCAGUUGCUUGGAGCUCACGACACCCGUAUUGUCAUACGCCGUUCUCACCAUACCACUUCCGCAUGCCACGAUCGGGUAGUGCCGGUGCUGGAUUCGGCUGUUCUUUGGACGGCAGUUCUAACCCAACUGGCUUGAUGUCACAGCGUAUGACACGUGAACGAAGUGUCGGGCCGGACUUGAAUGGGCUCCAACCUUCGAUACCGCGCUCGGCUCACCGCUGUUUAGGUCCCAUGUACCACGCACCGCCCACUCUUCCCAUGGGACGUGGUCCCUCGGACCUUUCUCCACCCGCAAAAGACUCGCCAAGCGUCACUCCAAGUGGUGUACGAACAAUGAGUAACUCUCUAAGUGCCAACGACCUCUCUGGGUAUCGAUCGAAACAUCCGUUUGAGAUGCGAUCUACAAAAUCGAGUUUCGAAUUAUCCCCAGAAUUACCCUGUGAUCCCGCACUGACCCUCACGAACUUCACAGAUUUUUAUUCCAAAAUAGCUGCGUUUAUCGAAAUGGAUAACAGCUUGCAAAUCGCGGUACCCAGUGGCUGGACUGAGCGACGUUCCAGUUUUGGUCGUUGUUAUUAUGCUUGUGAUCAGACCAAACAGGCUAGUUGGAAUCAUCCUACCCUUGGCUUAUACGUGCCUUUGGGAUGGGAACGUGUAGAUUCGUGUCACGAUGGGAUAUUCUACCGAAAUCUGUUGAUCCCCCACUGCCAGCGACAUCACCCAAAUCUGUGGCUUCCAGCUCCCAUGAAGGACCCGGCUGUCGAACGUGAGGGAUUCUUCUCAGACCUUCGACAUUUACAGUCUUCAGUGAGGCAUGAGAUUAAGUUCGAAUUUCGGGAGCUUGAGCCCUACAAAAACGCUACCACGGUGGAAGAGGAAAAAACUUUCCUUACCUUGUUCAAUCAGUUGGAUGUCGGUCUUAUGGUUGAAGUCACUCGGGCGCUCGACCAACUUUUUUACAAAGACCUUCAUGCCCUGGUUGUCUUCUUUGAACAAGAGAGACUGCGAAUAGCCUCAGCACUAUUCACAGUACAACACGUGGAUGAAUUCUAACACACAAACCAUUCAUCCUAACUGCUUUUAUUGUAUUUGCGACCAAUUUUGAUCCAACCGUCUAAACUGCACUCGUUCAUCCAUUGUUUUGUUGAAUUGACUGUUAUACGCCGUUCGCCCAAUUCCCCUUGCUGUGAUCCAACUCGCGCAUUCUCAUUGGGCUAGUUACACAUAGUACACAAGAUACCGCUACAUCUCAACCCAUCCACCUUUCAGCUUUUUCUCUAUUUCCGAAACCAUUUACUCGUCGCCACUGUGGUACCCAUCGGAAACUGGUGUGCCUAACUAUCCGUCAUCUUUACUGUUUGUAGGACUCAGUUUCCUUAUGCAAUACAUCUAUCAGGCCAAAGUUCAUCUGAAAUAUUUUCCAGAGGGGAUUCCUCGGAGUCACUGGGGCAAUUUGCAUGAUAAGUUAUGCAGUAGUAUGAGU